CGUGGGGUUCUCUGUCCUCUGAGGAUUUAGCCUUCAGUUGCGGCACCCGAGCUGCCUUAGGACCCCUCAUUCACCCAGCAAGCCCACCAAGUCUUGGACCUAAGCCCUGGCCACAAGCGUGGGGCAGCCCCACCCUGCAGGCACCCGGAGGACCUGGAGCCUGGAGACACAUCUCAGCUCUCACUGGGCCUCGGCUUCCCGGUCUGUAGAAUGGGGCCGCGGGGGACUUGUCAGUCUCCGCCUCCUGCGGUGCAUUUUCCGGGGCUGAUCCUUGGCUUCCCCGGGUGAAAUCCUCUCUUAAGCUCUGAAAUGCUUUAAUCUCCGUUCAUCCUCCCAGGAGGGCCAGGAGGAGGGAGGCCAGGAGAGGCCCCGGCGCAGAGCAAUUAAGCAGCUCACAGCCGUGGAGGGCGGUGGGGCGGCGGUGGGAGCAGAGAGGCCGGCGGGUGAGGCAGGAGGGGCCGUCCCUGGCGUGCUGAGGCCCCACCGUGAGUAACGUGAUGUUAAGACCUCAGGUUUCGGUGGCAUUUUACAGUCAUGCUGCCCCUUUUCUUAUUCCGACAAACCAAACCUCAUGAGGAUGGCUCCUGGCACCUUAGGUAGCACCAUGGUGCCCAUGCCACGGGGGAAACUGAGGCUCUGAAGGCAGGGCCGAGGCCAGGCUGUAAGCACCGUGCAUCUGGCCUUGAGCCUUGCCGUCUCCUCGCUCCGAAGUUUCCAGCCUCCGGGUGCCAGGUGGCCUCCCCUUCUGCCAGCCCCGCAGCCCUGGCUCAGCCCCGCUGCGCAGGACUCAGGGCGGCCUGGGGCCCGAGCUGGUGUCCUCUCUGCUCUCCGUGGCCAGGCUGGCCCAGGGGUCCGGAGCAGGUGCCCAGACGUCUGGGCAGUCAGAGGGGUCACUUCUUUGGGCUGUGUGUUGUCCUCCUGUGUCCUCUCCCAGCCCGUGUUGUCUGGCAGCAGAUCCGUGCCACGUGUGUGCAGCUCUCCACCUGUCCCCCAGAUGUGGACGUGGCGGGGAAGGGGCAGGUCAGCCAGGCCAGGAGGGCUCCAGGGUGCCCCCCCACCUCCGGGCAGGUGCGGGCUCUCCAGGGCCCCCCAUCCUCACAUCAGAUCCGCCCCAAGGAGCGCAGGUGAGCGUCGACCUGCGGACCCCAGCCCAGUCCUUCCCGGGAGCUGUCCCCGGUUGCUCCAGCUGCCACAAAACACCCCCCACACAUUGACGUAAACGGCAGGUGUUCAUGGUCUCGUGGUUUGGAGACGGAGGUCUGAGGUCAGGGUUCGGCGGGGUUGGUUCCUUCUGGGGCUGGGAGGGCGGGUCUGCUCCAGGCCCCUGCUGGCCUCGGUGGUCUGUGGUGACCUUCGGUGCUUGUUGGCUUGUGCACCCCACCCCAUCUCUGCCUCUACAUUCACCUGCGUCCCCCCUGCACGUGUGUGUGUGCAGAUGUCCCCUUUUUAUGAGGACGCCAGUCACAGUGGAUUAGGGCCACCCUGUUCCAGCACGAACUCACUAACGACCUCUGCAGUGACCCUCUUUGCAAACAAGGCCACGUUCGGAGACAUGACAGAGGACGUCCCACGGCAACCGUUGUCAGUGCACGCUUCGGUGGCACUCCUUCCUCGCCGAGCGCAGCAAGCGGGGGGCAGACGGCUUCUAUUGCGCUCAUCGCUGUGUCCCUCACGCCUGGACAGACAGCUCCGACGGGUCGAUGCCAGCCAAACGAUGACCAGUUGUGGCCAGCCGCCCUUGAACGUGCUCACCGUCCUCUUCUCGUUGCUGUUCUCCGCAGUCUUGUCUGCACAUUUCCGGGUCUGCGAGCCGUACACGGACCACAAAGGACGCUACCACUUUGGCUUCCACUGCCCCCGGCUCUCGGACAACAAAACCUUCAUCCUGUGUUGUCACCAUAACAACACGGUCUUCAAAUACUGCUGCAACGAGACGGAGUUCCAGGCGGUGAUGCAGGCGAACCUCACCGCCAGCUCCGAGGGCUACGUGCACAACAAUUACACCGCCUUGCUGGGAGUCUGGAUCUACGGCUUCUUCGUGCUGAUGUUGCUGGUUCUGGAUCUUUUGUAUUACUCGGCCAUGAACUACGACAUUUGCAAGGUCUACCUGGCACGGUGGGGCAUCCACGGACGAUGGAUGAAACAGGACCCGCGGCGGUGGGGGGACCCCGCUCGGGGCCCACGGCCGGGGCAGCCGGCCCCGCAGCCGCCCCCGGGCCCCCUGCCGCCAGCCCCCCAGGCCGUGCACACGCUGCAGGGAGACCCCCACAGCACGCCGCUGGUGGCCUUCCAGAGUUCGUCUGCCUGGUGAGUGGCUGCCGCGCGGGGCCCAGAGCGGUGUGGGCCGUUGCCCCUGGCAAGCUCGGAAAGCGCCCGAUCAUUCUCGCUGCUUCGUUUGGCCCUCUGGUUUCCUGAUUAUUUGCUCAUCCUAUUGUCGGUCGGCCAGGAAGGGUUUGAAGCUGCCGUGGCGGCAGCGUGUGGCGUGUGCGUGGGCGGGAACGUCAACGUGAGAGGUGGCAAAAGAGCUGGCGAGCAAAGCCUGCAAGCCCGCUGCUGCACUUAGAACCUUACUGCCGCUGAGCAUGAAGCGGAGUUUUGAGUUUCCCAGCUGCCAAGGCAAAAGGGGAAAUUGGACGGCUUUCCAAGUUUCCAUAGUCUGGUCAAAGGGAGCAAAUCAGUCUGUCUGGGCUGGGGAAAAUUUUUCAGCAUGAGCUUAUAAAAUAAACUUACUACUUGGCUC